AGUGUUUGUGAGUUUGUGGCGAUGUCUGGGAGAGGAAAGGGCGGUGGCGGGAAAGUUCGGUCGAAGGCGAAGUCCCGGUCAUCCCGGGCUGGGCUGCAGUUCCCGGUGGGCCGUGUUCACAGGCUCCUGAGAAAGGGUAACUAUGCUGAGCGUGUGGGUGCCGGAGCGCCGGUCUAUCUGGCUGCGGUGCUCGAGUACCUGACGGCUGAAAUCCUCGAGCUGGCCGGGAACGCGGCCCGGGACAACAAGAAGACCCGCAUCAUCCCCAGGCACCUCCAGCUGGCCGUGCGCAACGACGAGGAGCUCAACAAGCUGCUGGGAGGGGUGACUAUCGCUCAGGGUGGGGUGCUGCCUAAUAUCCAGGCCGUGCUGCUGCCCAAGAAAACCUCCGCUGCGGGCGCCACUAAAAAGUGA